AUGGAUGAUGACCUGAAGUUUGGGUCUCCACUCGCCUCGGAGUCUCAUUCCUGUCUUUUGGCAGCUGGUGUCUCAUCAGCCAGAAAGGGCCUGGCAUCUUCCUCCCCACCAUCCGAAGCAUCUACUCCAGUGGAACCAGGAGAUAGGGCUCAGGGCGAGGAGCUCUCGUCGGGCCGCCUGUUGGAGCAGGGUGCCCACCGGACCCCCAGCAGCACAUGCGCGGCCUGCCGGCAGCACGUACAUCUGGUGCAGCGUUACCUGGCUGAGGGCAAGCUGUACCACCGGCACUGCUUCCGGUGUCGGCAGUGCUCCAGCACCCUGAUCCCCGGGGCUUACAGGAGUGGGCCUGAAGAGGGCACCUUCGUGUGUGCAGAGCACUGUGCCAGGCUGGGCCCAGGUGGGCGGUCGGGGACCAAGCCCAGGCUCCCCCCACAGCCAAAGCAACAGCAAGAAGAAGCAAAAGAAACAGCAGGAGAAGCCAAGGAUGAGGAGGGAGGUGGCCCCAGCCCUAGUGCGGCUGCAGCGGCUGAGAUGGACACGCCCAAGGCCAGCCCAGAGACCCGGCCCCAAGUUCCCACCAAGCCCCGGGUUCCAGGCAAACCGCAGGAGCUGGCCAGCCCCCCGGCCAGCCGCCCCACGCCCACCCCCAGGAAGGCCUCCGAGAGCACAGCCCUGACAGCCCCUACACCCCGGCCCCGGUCCAGUCUGCAGCCUGAGAACUUGGAGCAGGGUGGCAGCAGCGGCCUGGUGAACGGAAGGCUGCAUGAACCCCCCGUCCCCAAGCCAAGAGGGACGCCCAAGCUGUCAGAGAGGACGCCAGCCCCCAGGAAGGACCCCCCAUGGAUCACUCUGGUACAGGCAGAGCCAAAGAAGAAGCCAGCCCCCCUUCCCCCGAGCAGCAGCCCUGGGCCUCCAUGCCAGGACAGCAGGCAGGUGGAGAAUGGAGGCGUGGAGGAGGUGGCCCCGAGGAGCCUGGCGGUGGCUGGCCUAGAGCCCAAGCCCUACAAUCCCUUUGAGGAUGAAGAAGAACAGGAGGAGGAGCCCCCCGCUGCACCCAGCACGGCUACCGGCCCUGCUCAGGAGUCCACACCCAAAUCCUUGCACCCCUGGUAUGGCAUCACCCCUACCAGCAGCCCCAAGACAAAGAAGCGUCCUGCCCCCCGAGCACCCAGCGCGUCCCCACUCGCUCUCCACGCCUCCCGCCUCUCACACUCGGAGCCACCUUCAGCUACCCCAUCACCAGCCCUCAGCGUGGAGAGCCUGUCAUCUGAGGGCUUCAACCAGAACCCCAGGGCGGAGCUUCUGGAGCCCCCAGUUGUGCCCAAGAGCUCCUCAGAGCCUGCUGUCCAUGCCCCUGGCACUCCUGGGACGUCUGCCAGCCUCUCCGCCAACUCUUCCUUGUCCUCAUCUGGGGAGCUGGUGCAGCCCAGCGUGGACCGGACACCUCAAGUCAAUCCUGGCCUGGCCCCCAAUACGAGGGGCAGCUCGGGUCCCCAGCCAGUCAAGCCCUGCAGUGGAGCUGCCCCCACCCCGCUCUUGUUGGUUGGAGACAAGAGCCCCGUGCCUUCCUCUGGAACCUCGUCCCCGCAGCUCCAGGUAAAGUCUUCCUGCAAGGAGAAUCCUUUUAACCGGAAGGCAUCACCCUCAGCGUCCCCAGCCACAAAGAAAGCCAUCAAGGGAUCCAAGCCAGCGAGGCCGCCUGCCCCCGGACACGGCUUCCCGCUCAUCAAGCGUAAGGUCCAGGCUGACCAGUACAUCCCGGAGGAGGACAUCCACAGAGAGGUGGACACCAUUGAGCGCCAGCUGGACGCCCUGGAACACCGCGGGGUCCUGCUGGAGGAGAGGCUGCGUGGCGGAGUAGAUGAGGGCCGUGAGGACGACAUGCUGGUGGACUGGUUCAAGCUCAUCCACGAGAAGCACCUGCUUGUUCGGCGAGAGUCCGAGCUCAUCUACGUCUUCAAGCAGCAAAACCUGGAGCAGCGUCAGGCCGAUGUGGAGUAUGAGCUCCGAUGCCUUCUCAACAAGCCAGAAAAGGACUGGACAGAGGAGGACCGGGGCCGGGAGAAGGUGCUGAUGCAGGAGAUCGUGACCCUCAUUGAGCAGCGCAAUGCCAUCAUCAACUGCCUAGACGAGGACCGGCAGAGGGAGGAAGAGGAAGAUAAGAUGUUGGAAGCCAUGAUCAAGAAGAAAGAGUUCCAGAAGGAGGCUGAGCCUGAGGGCAGGAAGAAAGGGAAGUUCAAGACCAUGAAGGUGCUGAAGCUGCUGGGAAACAAGCGUGACACUAAGAGCAAGUCCCCCGGGGACAAGAGCUAACAACCAAGGGUCCUCCGCCCACCCGCUCCUGGCUCAGCCCCUGGGCUGUGCUGCACCGGAGGGGGGCACCCGGCUUCCCUUUAGGACCAGUCAAGAGGAAGGAUGACUUAAGGGGAGGGAGCCUCUGGGUGAUGGCCUCUCCCUCCUCAGGGCCCUCUGGCUGGUUUGGGCCAAAGAGUUUUCUUCUGUCGUCUCAGCCCCGCCCAGUCUGGUUCUGAUGACUCCAGAUGCUGUGAGGGACCCAAUGAGCACGCAGGGUUCUGGGUCCAGGGAAUGGCAGCGGCCACGCACACUCACUCCUCGUCCCGCCCAGCCCUUGCCGUGACGGGCAGCUCCUUGGUCCUUCCUCCCUCUGUAUGGCGUCCAGAUGGGAACUCUUAGUUGUCCGAGUUCUGACCUGAGGGUGCUUCCACCCAUGAGGUCUGCCCAUGGUGGGCCUCUGGCCUGGGGGUCCUGCCUCUGGGUUCCUGUCCCUCUUGGCAGGCCAGAAAGCAGGGCUCGGCUGCUCUGGCUUCUUCCGGCCCCGGCAACAGCCCUGAGUCCCCAUCCUCCUCUGCAGGGCACGAGGCCCUGAGCCUGUUACUUCUCCCUCAGGAGCUGUAUUUAUGAAGUCCCUGAUUCAGUUUGGGUUAGUUACUGUGUCCUCAGACAUGAAUGGGCCUGACGGACAAAACCCUCCUUCUGCCCCUUGAAGUUCUAGGAGCUGCUUUCCUCCCUUUCCCUUGCUCUGUAGGAAACCUCACCAGGACAGGAGGCUGUGAUGGCCACACUGGGUGGGUGGGUGCCCCAGUGCUGAGUCUCCCAGUUAGGGUCUCUGGGAGGCAGGCCCCCGUUACAGUUCUGGUCCCUGAUCAUCAGCUGAGGGGGGUAUGCUUGACGUAGGUGCUAACCCUGGUUCUUUAACACACUGUAGUCUGACCCCCUCCUUGAGCCCCGCCUCCCCCAGGGUGAGGGGAUGAUGGGUCCAUUCCCAUGUGUGGUCAUCACGUCUGUUUCCUCACACUUGUCCGUUGUUCCUUCUUUCCCGACUUGUUCCCUCCGAAGGACUGAUGGCCACUCAGCCCACUGGGAUGGCCGUGGGAGAGGAGGAGCCUUGGGGACAAUGCCUUUUCCCUAGGGACUGGGCCAAGCAGCUCUUGGUCGAAGCACUGUUGCUAUAAGCUAUUUCUGGGCACCUCUAGGGCCCCCUUUCCUCAGAACUCUUCUGGGGAAAGACUGUACUGUAUUAACUCAUGAGGAUUUUCCUCACCAACAAUAAAUGGAGAACACCUCAGUGCCAGUGCCCUGCAGACUUGGGGUGUUUUUCCCUUG